AAGGGAUGUGGAGCGUGACGCUCGUUUGGGCGUCUAGGUUUUAGGGUGUGGGCUUCACAGCCCACUUUUCACUCUCAUCCGUGGGUCCCACUUCAAUUUGUGGGCUAAAUUGUGGCCGGUAUUUGGCUUCCUUUUAGGUUUUAGGUGUUAGGUUUGGUUUAGGUUUUGGGUUGGAUUGGAUUUUUUUUUUUUUUUUUUUUGGGGGGGGGGGGGGGUGGGGAAAGGAAAAUUUGGGUUUUAGCCCAAGGUUGGAGUGGGUUUAAGAAGGUGUUCAUUCUUGUGAUUAAAGAUUUGAUGUAGCUAGCGCUGGAUAGAUGUUUAUGGAGAUAUGGCACUAUACCUGUUUGACAAUUUGUCUGAUUUGAAAUAUGAUCUGCAAGUUCUAAUUUCUAUGGAUCUCUUUUCGUUUUUUAGGUUAUGUUUUCUAAUUCAAUGGAUAUCUUUCUGUCUGAAUGUCAUAGAAACUUCCUGGAAAAAAAAUUGGAUCUCAAAUAUUUGGAUUUGGAAAGUGAGGGGGGCAGUGCGGUGGAGAAGAUCUGGGGAAGAGAGGAUUUAGUAUUUUUUUUUUAUUAUUUUAAGUAAUUUGGUUUAAGUAAAGAAUAAUUUGGAAAUGUAAUUUCAGAGUUCAAACUGGCAUACAAGAUCUUGUUUUUUUAUUUGAUGCAUUUGGUGGUUGUGAAUUUUUAAAUACCUAAAAAAAAUUUUCCUUUUUUUUCAUUUCAUUAAUCAUUAAUUUUUUUCUUAAAAAUAAUAAUAGUUUAAAAUCCUAUUAUCAAGUACCAGUAUCAAACAUAUUAUAAAUAGUACAGUUAUUGGUUCGAUACUGCAUCAAACAUACGACUAAAUUUAAUCAGUAGUAUCCAAUAAUAAAUUAUCCUACCUAACUGAAAUAGUUAGUGCAGUUCGAAUUGCUAAACGACUUCAAACAAUUUAAUAUCGAAGGGUCAAAACAGUGGGUGUAUUUUGCACCCUCCUUCUCGAAUUCUUUUCGUCCUCCACCACGUUCUUGUCUUUCAUUUUAAACACCGUUAAUAUUACUCUCUCCAGUCUCCAGCGGAAAAAUUUUGUGCAAGGUUGAGUAGGUUGCAGACGCAAUCACCACCAGAAACUGACGGAAAACGCAACUUUGAAUUCUGGAAAUCAAUGUGAGGUUUGUUGUUCGCCAAUGCUUCAAUGGAUUUCAUGUAGUAAAUACAUUUUUCAUGCAUGUGGUCCUUCUAGAAAAAGCCUCUCACACCCUGGAAACGUGUGCGAAGAGAGCUUAAAAUUACUGAUGCCGGGGUAAAAUGCUGAGAAUAUUCAAUGUUAUAAACCUAAAUUUAAAAGGCACGAGAGCUGCCUAUGGAAAUGCUUCAAUCAGAUUUGAAAACAUAACCAGGAGCUACCGCGUAGAUGCCAGGCACUAUGAAGAGUUGUCUCUUCUGCUUCAAAGUUCCCAAAGUUCAUUAGCAUUGAAACCCAAUUACCAAGUAUUAUGUGCCAUUCUAAAAUCCUGUGCUGCCCUCAUAGCCAUCAACUUUGGGAAGUCUCUUCAUGGUUAUGUUGUCAAACAGGGCCAUCUUUCCUGCCAGUCUAUCUCUAAAGCUCUGCUUAACAUGUAUGCCAAAUGUGGUGUAUUGGGUGACUGCAAAAUGCUUUUUGGUCAAAUAGGUUCCUCGGAUCCUGUCAUAUGGAACAUUGUCUUAUCUGGGUUUUCAGCAUCUGAAAUUACUGAUGCUGAGGUAAUAAGACUCUUUCAUGAAAUGUGUUUAGGUGGGAAGCCUAAGCCCACAUCUGUUACCAUUGCUACCAUUCUUCCUGUAUGUGCUCGCUUAGCAGAUUUAGAUGUGGGGAAAAGCGUGCACUCUUAUGUGAUAAAGUCUGGAUUGAUGACAGAUGUCCUUGUUGGAAAUGCUCUUAUAUCAAUGUAUUCAAAAUGUGGGCUAGUUUCUGCUGAUGCAUACGCUGUGUUUAAUGGCAUUAUUGACAAAGAUGUUAUUUCAUGGAAUGCAAUGAUUGCAGGGUUGGCUGAAAAUAGAUUCAUACAUGAUGCAUACAAGUUAUUCAGUUGGAUGCUCAAAGGACCAGUUGAACCAAAUUAUGCAACUAUUGCAAAUGUUCUGCCAAUUUGUGCUUCUUUAGAUAAAAAUACUGCAUACUGCGCUGGGAGAGAGAUCCAUUGUUAUGUUCUGCGUCGGAAUGAAUUGGCAGCAGAUGUUACUGUGUUCAAUGCUUUGGUAAGUUUUCAUUUACAACUUGGACGAAUGGAAGAAGCGGAAUCCUUGUUCCACCGAAUGAAAUCAAGAGAUUUGGUUUCAUGGAAUGCAAUUAUUGCAGGGUAUGCUUCAAAUGGUGAGUGGUCGAAAGCAUUGGAUCUGUUUCACAAAUUACUCUCUCUGCAGACGAUUCGGCCAGAUUCUGUUACCAUUGUGAGCAUUCUUCCUGCUUGUGCACAGUUACAGAACUUGGAGGUGGGGAAAAAGAUCCACGGGUAUAUUCUUCGACGUUGUAGCCUAUUUGAAGCUACAACGGUUGGAAAUGCCAUGGUUAGUUUUUAUGCAAAAUGUGAUAAGCUUGAAGCAGCUUUUGAGACUUUUUUGAUGAUUUCUAGGAGAGAUUUGAUAUCAUGGAAUACCAUACUUAUUGCCUUUGCAGAGACUGGGUAUAUUAACAACUUUUUGAACCUAUUAGAUGGGAUGCUAAGGGAAGGUAUGAGGCCUGAUCAUAUAACCAUUUUAAGCAUAAUACAAUUUUGUGUUGCAAUUUUGAGAGUAGAUAAGGUUAAAGAAACUCAUAGCUAUUCAAUUAGAUCUGGCCUUUUGGUAGGCAAUUGUGAGCCUACUAUUGCAAAUACUAUGCUUGAUGCAUAUGCCAAAUGUGGUAACAUGAUGUAUGCCUUCAAUAUUUUUCAGAGUUUAUUGCGGAAAAGGAAUUUGGUUACUUGCAAUUCUAUGAUUUCAGCUUAUGUGAGUUGUGGUUCACUGGAUGAGGCAUAUAUGAUAUUUAACAGAAUGUCUGAAACAGAUCUCACCACUUGGAAUCUAAUGGUUCGAGCUUAUGCUGAAAAUGGUUUUACUGCUGAAGCCCUCAGUGUGUUCCGUGAGUUACAAACUCAAGGAAUGAAGCCUGAUGCAAUGACCUUUAUGAGCCUUCUUCCCGUGUCUUCUCAAAUGGCCUCAGUCCACCUGCUGAGACAGUGUCAUGGAUAUGUGGUGAGAGCUGUCUUAAGUGAUCUGUGCUUGAAAGGAGCUCUGUUGGAUCUGUACGCAAAAUGUGGUGCUAUAGUAUGUGCUUAUAAGCUAUUUCAGUCAAGCCCGGAUAAGGAUCUGGUUAUGUUUACAGCUAUGGUUGGCGGGUUAGCCAUGCAUGGAAGGGGAGAGGAAGCACUGAGGGUCUUCUCUCACAUGCUUGACUUGGGUGUAACAGAUAAUGUUGUUAUUACUGCUGUUUUAUCUGCUUGUAGUCAUGCUGGCCUGGUAAAUGAAGGGUUGAAGAUAUUUAAUUCGAUAGAAGAGGUUCAUGGGGUCAAACCAACAAUGGAACAGUAUGCUUGUGUGGUGGAUCUCCUUGCGAGAGGUGGAAAAAUUGAGGAUGCAUUUUCUUUUGUGUCCAGGAUGCCUAUUGAAGCUAAUGCUAGCAUAUGGGGAACACUGCUGGGUGCUUGCAGGACUCAUUGUAAGGUGGAAUUGGGCCGUGUUGUGGCAGAUCAUCUUUUUAAAAAUGAAGCUAAUAAUAUUGGGAACUACGUGGUGAUGUCAAAUCUAUAUGCAGCAGAAGCUAGAUGGGAUGGGGUCAUGGAGGUAAGAAAGCUGAUGAAAACACGAGAUCUAACAAAGCCAGCAGGAUGCAGCUGGAUAGAGGUGGAGAGGAGGAAGAAUAUUUUUAUAGCUGGAGACUGGUCUCAUCCAGAAAGAAGUGUUAUUUACAGCACAUUAAGUGCAUUGGACCAACAAUAAAAGAGCCAGUUUAAACAUGAGUUUGUCAAUGCCUAAUUUCUGAAUGCAGAAUCAUUCUGUCACUUCGCAUUUAGGUUCGGCAUUCCAGUGAGCUGCUCCAUACAUACUCUUGUUAUGCAACCAAACCUGACUUUUUUUAAUGCCAAAUUUCAUGAUAGCA